AUGCUUCAAACGCAAAGUCAGCACGUCUUUUCUCAUCAGCAUCAGUAUCCCCAGGCUGAUGCCGCUUGGUUGCAGCAUCAGCAGCAGCAGCAGCAGCACCAAGCCCAACACCACCCGCAUCAGGCACAGCAACAUUCUACGCUUGUCGCCCAGCAACAUGCCCAGGUUCAGGCCGCCGCCGCCGCAGCUGCCGCAGCUCAACAACAGCACUAUAACCGUAUAGCUAUGGCCGGGAAUGCUGCGGCCAACAACUCAACUCAGGGAGUGGGUGCCGGAGGCGUCGGUGGGGAUGGCGCGCUGCCGGGUGCGAUGUCAAUGAUCGAUGGCGGAGUUAGCGAUGAGAACCGCAAGGUUUUCAUCUGGGUUGCGGAGCUUCUGGACCCGAAUCGCAGAGAAACUGCUUUGAUGGAGCUCAGCAAAAAGAGGGAACAGGUGCCUGAGCUGGCACUUGUCAUUUGGCACUCUUUUGGUGUCAUGACCGCACUACUCCAAGAAAUCAUUUCCGUAUAUCCCCUGUUGAACCCGUCGCAACUUACUGCUGCGGCUUCAAAUCGGGUUUGCAACGCACUGGCCUUGUUGCAGUGUGUAGCGUCUCACAAUGAGACCCGCACCCUUUUCCUGAACGCCCACAUUCCUUUAUUCCUUUAUCCAUUUCUGAAUACCACCUCGAAAUCUCGCCCCUUCGAGUACCUCCGCCUCACCUCUCUGGGUGUCAUCGGCGCGCUGGUCAAGAAUGAUUCGUCGGAUGUCAUCAACUUUCUCCUCACUACCGAGAUAAUCCCUCUUUGCCUUCGUAUCAUGGAAACGGGCUCGGAGCUAAGUAAGACGGUCGCUAUCUUCAUUGUACAGAAGAUCUUACUGGAUGAUAUCGGGUUGGCAUAUAUAUGUGCGACAUAUGAGAGGUUCUACGCCGUGGGAACAGUUCUGAGUAAUAUGGUCACUCAACUGGUUGAGCAACAGACCGUGAGGCUCCUCAAGCAUGUCGUGCGCUGUUUCCUCCGAUUAAGCGAUAACAGCCGCGCCCGCGAGGCUUUACGCCAAUGCCUUCCCGAGCCUUUACGAGAUGCGACCUUUUCCUCGGUUCUCCGCGACGACGCAGCCACAAAGCGGUGUCUAGCUCAACUUCUAAUCAAUCUCUCCGAUAACGUGUCCGACGGCGCACCGGGUGUUGCCAUGUAA